UCUUCUGUGAUUUGUGCUUGUUCUCAGCCAUUGUUUUGGCCAAUAGAUCCUUGCCUUAUCUCUUGGGACUGGUCAAAUACCUAGCACACCAGUGCUACAGAGACCUUGACUGUCUGGAAAACAUGUGCAGCUGCGUGUCUUCGAGAGGCGGGGUUAGGAGUUUGAGAGUAUUUCAGUAACAUCAGAUAGCAAGGACAAAUUUUAUUUUCAGUACCUAAAAUUAUACUGAAUGCCUUUAGCUAUUCAUAUUUAUGCAUUUGGCAGACACUUAUCCAAAGUGACUUACAGUGCAUUCAGAGUACACUUUAACAGUUUGUAUGUUCCCUGGGAUUCAAACCCAUGACCUUGCUGUAAGUUGCAUCAAGCAAAUUAAGUAGUUAAACUGCCAUAAAACAACCUUAAAAACACGACUUUUGAAAGAAGAAUAAAUGUAAGUGCUUUAAUAAAAUUAGAACCUUCACAUUUCUGUCUUUGAACCCUCUAAAAAUUGGUCCCAUUCACUUCUAUUGUAAGUGCCUCACUGUAACCAUGAUUUUUGCUUUUUUUAAAGAAAAGGAGGGAAAAGUCUAAAUGAAUUUUUGUGGUAAUCACCAUUAUGCCACAAAUGCUGGCGAUUGAGCUUAACUUGUAUUGAACCCGGAAUAUUCCUUUAACCGGUUAAUGAUGUGGCAGUAGAGGUAGGCAGGAAUGUUAAGGGGGUGUGGGAGUAGGACAUAACAAGGACUGGAUUCAAACACUCAUUGCAGGAAGAUGGCCCUAUCCCAACCAUAUAGAGCCUGCAAGUCUGAGUAGCCUGCCAGGAACAACUCGGGGCACCUUUCAAGUAUCUGCGAUUCAAACCUAUUUUCCUAUGAGCACAAAGGCUUUUACGUGUUACUGGAACAUUCGCUACUCAAUAUACCACUAAGGGUCAUGUUAAAAAGGUAACUCUCAUCUUGUGAAAAGUCUUGCAAGAUUAAUUUUUUACAUUUAUACAUUUGAAGUCCUGGAGCAACCUUGCUUCUAACUGUACACCAAACUGAACCCUUACCUUGAUAGCAGCAAACGCAAAUCUUGCGAGAGCUUCGCAAAAUGAGAUACUGCCAAAUCUAGAUGCAAUACUGCCGUGACUCCAACAACUUGUUCACAUUUAGCUUUAAGCUUUAUAUUUUGGGAGAGUGUUAUAAAGAACCUCACGGCUAAAAUGAUUUCCUCAUUCAUUGUAAUUAUUCAGUGUAGCUACGAAGCACUGCCCACACUGCAAAUUUGCUUGUCAGAGUUGCCCAAACUUGAACCCCACACAACAUUUGUGUAGGGAAAUUUCUUUGCCAUCAGGUGAAAUUACUGACUGCGCAGAUUUCCAUUUGAGAUGACUGUAUUUUGCCUGCAGAAUUUCACAGUGCAAAGGUAAAAGUGACUGAGCCUUUAUUACAAAGAAAGUCCCUCUGGAGUAAACUUAAGUUAAGUGACUUGUUUAAGGGGACAGUGGUCAUAGAUCACUCCUAGUGGGGUUUGAACCUACAACCUUUUGGUUACUGGCCCAGAUUGUUUCCACUCUCUAUAUACAGUAUAUUAGCAUGCAAGAGGUUUAAAACAAGUCUAGAAUGUAAUAUAGAAAUGGGGUACAAAAUAUAGUUUCUCACAGCCAGAGACGAGCAAUACAUGACAACACAAAAGACUACUUACAAAAUACAGGAACAUAAUGUACCUCAAAAGACUCAAGGACACAAAUACUCUAGGACGUGUAACUGCAUCCCAGGGGAAUGAAAUUAAAAAGGGAUGAAAAAUGAAAAGAAAAUAACUUUGUUACAGUUUACCAUUUCAAGACUCUAUGGUCAAACUGUUAUCACCCUCACACUACAGCUGUGUGUCUGUGGUCUACACAGUAGUUCAUUGUCUGUGUGGGUUCCUCAGCUUAUCAAAGCUCAAAGGCAUGUGAUAUUCAUUCACUGUCCUUUGACACUCACAUCAACCCGCAUACCUCAAAUACCCCCGUUACUCCAAGGACGAGCUUUCUUAGCGGGCUGGCUCCUCUCAGGAAACCAGGAGGCGUGUAUAAAGCACAUCCCCAUCACUGACCCGCCCCAAAACAAGUGUUAGACUUCUUUGUGAUUGAAUCAGAGAAGAUGCUUGCCCAGACAAGAUUUGGGAUGAUGCUGUUGCUGUCUUUGACUGUGGUGGCUGGGUCAUACGGUACCACAGUGGAACACAAUAACCAGGACAACAGCCAGAAAAUCACCCCAAUUUCAGGACACAAUAGAGAUGAGCGGGAAGAUGGAGAUAUGGGACAUAUGCCCCACAGUGCCAAUGAACAGCCAACCGACCAAUCAACACAUGCCACUGAAGACGUACCAUGCCAAGAGGAGCAAUCAGCUAACAAUCACGCAAUGGAUGAUUUCCUGACAGCCCUGAAAGAUGGCUGGAACAGGGAGAGUGAACAGCCAACGGAGUUCCAGCGCUUCGGAAUGUGUUCGCAACAUGAUGCAAUACCAGAUUUCCAGGUUUCUGCAUUAACGCGCCUAGCUGAGAGUGCACACCAGCAAAGUAAUGGACUUAAGGUUGUACAUGCUACAAAAGUAGAUAUUUGGGAUGCUGAGAAAGAUGGAGAGAUUACUUUGGCCCUCACAUUUCCAAGGCAAGCCCAGCCAACCAACCUGGCCUCCUUGAUGCUCCUGUUCAGUGUGGAUUCCAUCAAGGGAGAUGGUUUGAGAAUGACAUUCAGCAGUCAUACUAUUCAUCCAUAUAAACAGACGAUUUGCAUUUCCAAGGGCAUGCUUUUUAUUUUCCUUACUGGUGGACAGAGAGAGCAUAAUAAUCACAGUCACCUUAAACUGAGACUUGCAGUUGAGACAUUGAAGACUGAAAACAGUGAGACUUUUCUCCUUCCAAAAUACACUUCUCAAGUCUCCUUUAACAAUGGCCUUAUUAACUGUUUUCUCAUUUUAGGUCAGAAACCUAGUCUAUCUGAGCUUCAGGAAGUCUUAAUGAGAAAAGUGGAUGGCAAUAACAUUACAAUGAGGCCGAAGUUACUUUUCCUCUCUGACCGUGGAAACAGUGAUGAGCAUAGGACACCUUAUUUAAAAUUCCAUGGAAUUCCUCUGGAUCAGAGACCUUCACCUGGCCCUCUUCCCCCAUCCAGAACUUUUCUUUUCCUGUGCGAGCUGAAGAAGCUCUUCAAUGACAUCCAGCCAGAGAAAGAGCUGCCAACACCUCAAGAAGAAGCGAGCACAGUCUCUUUGGAUACACUGCAUUCCCUUCCACCCCUCACCCUGGGAGUGUCAUCCACAGAGUCCCUCCUUUCGGUACUGGUUAAUUCCUCUACUCCGACUGCAUUUGUCUUCCCCCAAAGGCAGCAAAGCCUGCAGAAUCACCGAGUGGAGCUGACACUGGAGUCUCCUCUACUUUCUGUGCUCAGACAACGACUGGAUGAAGCCAUUGCUCAGGUGAAAAAGGAGGCAGGGCAAAAGGUAAUUGACAGGCUUCAGAAGCUGAGUGAACUUAGUGCCCUUCCUCCAGAUGGAGAUGAUGAUAAAGCAAUCAGUCAAGACUAUAAAGAGGCACAAUACCGGGCUGUUUUGCUGCUGAAGGCUUUGCAGACAGUGCUCCGUACCUUGGAGGUGGAACGGGCCCAGAGAACAGCCAGAGCAGAUGAGGACGGCCCAACAACGCCCAGUCAGUGUCGACUUCAGAGCUUGACUGUUUCCUUGAGAAAGUACUAUUUUGAGCCCUCAAUGGCAAACAUUAACAACUGCGUUGGAGCCUGCGUCUUCCCAGUGGACAAUGGCAUCAACCAUGCCAUCCUCCUGAACCACCAUAUCGAGAGCGGCCAGCUUGUCACUCGCUCUCCCUGCUGUGUGCCAGUGGACUAUAUUGACCUGCAUGUGAUCGAGCUGGAGAGCGUGGGCACCCAGAUCGCCCAGAAGCGGAAUGUGGUGGCGACCACAUGUGGGUGUCGCUGAUGGCCUCCUUUGAUCUAAGAAAUGUACU